AUGGUUGCAAUAUUUCUUUUCCUUCUAAUUACUCAAUUCUCAACUACAAUUGCUCAAGAAAGAAAUCUCAAUAUUAGCUUGGGUUCUUCCCUCUCUCCAAAAAACAAUUCAUAUUGGUUGUCAAGUUCUGGCCAAUUUGCUUUUGGCUUCUACAAGAAAGACAAUGGCUUUGCAUUAGGCAUCUGGAUGGAAGCAAUUCAGCAAAAAACAGUCAUAUGGACAGCAAACCGGGACGACCCGCCACUUCCCCAAGAUGUCGACUUGAGUUUCAGUAGUGAUGGCAUGAUCAUUACACAGAACCAAGGCCUACUGACAAUAGUAAUAAAUGCUCCUCAGCAGUCAGCUUUCUCAGCUUCCAUGCUCGACACUGGAAACUUUGUCCUCUACAAUUCAAGUUCGAUGAUUAUAUGGCAAAGUUUCGAUUUUCCAACAGACACCAUGUUACCCGGGCAGCGUCUCUUGGCGAUCAAGAAUCUUGUCUCCAGCAUCUCUGAGACAAACCAUGCAAGUGGAAAGUUUCAACUUAUAAUGCAGGGAGAUGGGAACUUGGUGCAAUACCCGGCAAGCAAUCCAAAACCGGAGAAUGCUUACUGGUACUCGAAAACAUCCACUGCUGGAGAAAAAGUGAGUUUAAAUCUUGAUGGUAAUGGCCGUCUUUACCUGCUCAAUACUACUACUGGCUUAAUUGUAAAGGAUUUCCACGGAAUAGGUAGCCUUUCUAAUAAAACAAUCUAUCGUUUGACAAUUGGUUUUGAUGGAAUACUGCGAUUAUAUUCUCAUAGCUUGAAUCAAGGUGAUGAUUGGGUAAGUGAGUGGUCACCAACUAGCAAUAAAUGUGAUCCUAUAGGCCUCUGUGGCCCAAAUUCAUAUUGUACUCUCCUGGAUCAGGAACCAGUUUGUACGUGUCCUCCUGGUUUUGGUUUCAUUGACCAGGAGCAGAAGAUUUUGGGCUGCAAGAGAACUUUUAGCACAGAUGGUUGCAUCAGCAAAAAUAGAGACACAUUUUCUCUUCGGGAAUUGGAACGUAUUGCAUGGGAAGACAACGCGUAUUCAAAUAUCACAUCAAGCAAAGCUGACUGUAGAGAAGACUGCUUGAUGGACUGCAACUGUGACGUUGUAUUAUUUAAAGACCAGCUAUGCAGAAAACAAAUGCUUCCUCUAAGAUAUGGGAGAAUACAAGAUGGUGAUCAAGGUGGGACAACUAUAAUCAAGGUAGGAGUAAUCAAAAAGGAAAGAAAGAAACAUCUGCCAAUUAUCUUAUUUGGCAGUGUUACAAUUUUGGUUUUUGCCCUUGUUGUUCUUGCAAUUACCAGUAUUCUCAUUUACAGAUAUCGUGCCUGGAAAAACAAAAAUAUUGAGAAUGAUGGGUUGAUUGAAGAUGUUACUCUACGAUCAUAUACAUAUGCGGAGCUUGAUAAGGCUACUAAUGGUUUCUUGAAUGAAUUGGGUAGAGGAGGUUUCGGGACAGUUUUUAAAGGGGUCAUGCCCAAUGGCAGGAGAGUGGUGGCUGUCAAGAGACUAGAAAAUGUGGUGGCUGAAGGUGAAAGAGAAUUUCGAAAUGAGAUGAAAGCAAUUGGGAGAACCUGUCACAAAAAUCUUGUUAAGUUGUAUGGUUACUGUCAUGAUGGAAACAAUCGGCUUUUGGUCUAUGAGUACAUGAGCAAUGGCUCACUAGCAAAAUUCCUCUUUGAAUCUGAAAGAAAGCCUAGUUGGGAUGAAAAAACUAGAAUAGCUUUGAAUGUUGCUCGAGGCAUCCUCUAUUUACAUGAAGAGUGUGAGACCCAGAUCAUCCACUGCGACAUCAAACCUGAAAAUAUACUAAUGGAUGAACACAAGUGUGCCAAAAUUGCUGAUUUUGGUUUGGCCAAGCUGCUGAUGCCUAACCAAACAAGGACAUACACUGGGAUUAGAGGAACAAGGGGGUAUGUUGCACCUGAGUGGCAUGGAAAUUUGCCCAUAACAGCGAAAGCUGAUGUCUACAGCUUUGGGAUCAUGUUGUUUGAGAUCAUAUGUGGUCGAAGGCAUGUGGAUAUGGAUCUUCCAGAGGAUGAAGUGGUUCUUGCAAAUUGGGUCUAUGAUUGUUUUCAGGCUGGUGAAUUGGAUAAGCUGGUGAAGGAUGAAGAGGUGGAGAGGAACAAGUUGGAGAGAAUGGUUAGGGUGGGACUUUGGUGCAUCCAGGAUGAGCCAUCACUUCGCCCUCCAAUAAAGAAGGUGGUGCUGAUGUUGGAAGGGACAGUGGAGAUACCAGCUCCUCCUAGUCCUACAUCCUUUCUCAGUUCCAUGGAAGUUAAUUGA